UUUUAUUAUUGUUAUUUAGCUAGUUUAGACCUAUAACUUUAAAAAAAACACUUUCGUAAUGUAUACAAUUCACAAGGAUAUAUUUUGGGUUUUUGCUUUUUAAAAUAAAAAUAUACAUUAAUUAUUGGAAAUUAAUUUGGGGGUUAUUGUAAAAAUAAUUAUAGCUAGGGUGCCAAAAACGCUGGGUAAGCCCAUAUAUGCGCCAUCAAAAACGGCUUUUUAUAUAAUUUGGUAUAUGUUUAAAUCUAUGUCAUGAAGGUAACGCGUUCUACUUCUACUUCUACUAUUUUUUUAUUUUUAUUUUUUAAAUCUUUAUAUUUACACAUACAUAAAUAUAUAUUAAUUAUUAAUAUAAAAGAUUAUUAAUUUAAUUAAUCUAAUGAUAAUAAUAAGCGUUUGGGCCAUGUGACACCCCCCAUUUCCUAUGCAAUAUUUCUCAUGGCUCUUCUUUUAUAAUUCCUCAUCAUCACUUUUUUAAGCUACCUUUUUCAACUCCAUAUUCAUAUAUAAAUAUUUAUAUAUAUAUAUAAGAAGAGAUCUCCAUUAGUAUUACUACUAUACACAAAACUAUUUUUCUUUCUAUAACAACUUCUUCCUUUUCUCUCUAGUUUUUAGCUCAUUUGAGCUCAAACCUUCCAUAUACAUAAAUACAUAUAUAGUAGUGUAUAUAUAUAUAUAAUUGGGUUUUUGUUCUUCUUAUGGGUGUAGUACGGCACCCAGGAAAUAUGAGAUCAUCAAGUGGAGAAUGCAUAGAAGGAAUGCUUGGUGAUUAUGUUAAUGGCGGCAAAGCCAAAUUAAAGCCACAAAAAAGCGGCUCGGCUCGGCUCGUCACGCUUCUCACUUUUCUCCAAUUCUCUUUCGCCGUUUACGCCACUUUUCUCCUUUACUACAUGAGCCCAUCCAUCGACUUGAGAACCCGACCCGAUUUCACAUGGGCGACCCGGCUCGCUCAUAACUGGCGGAAACAAUUCGUUAUUCCACCUCACGUUUUGGGUCGGUACCAAGAAUCAUCUUCCUCGAUCCAAACCCGAUCCGAAAUAGAACCCGUGUUUAAACCCGGAGAGGUUUGCGAGAGCGAGAAGAUCGAUUUCACUCAGAAGAAGUCAAACGACGCCGUUAUGAUAAAACUUAAAAGAGAGCUUUACGAAGAGGUUAUGGAUUACCAGACUAAAAAUAUCGGGUCGGAAACUUUAACCCAACUCAUGGCAAUGAAAUCAAAAUGGGGCCCGAAUAAUACCCGACCCAAAAUAACGGUUUUACUAAACCAUUUCAAACGCAAAACGCUCUGCGCCCAACUAGAGUCGUUACUCCACCAAACGGUGCCGUUUCACAACGUUUGGGUAUUGUCGUUUGGGAGUCCAAACGAAUUGUCGUUGAGGAGAAUAGUGGAAAGCUACAACGACAGUAGAAUCAGCUUCAUUAGCUCAAGCUACGAUUUCAAAUACUACGGAAGAUUCCAGAUGGCUCUACAAACGGAUUCGGAUCUGGUUUAUAUCUUAGAUGACGACAUGAUUCCAGGGAAGAAAAUGCUUGAGAUAAUGUCGCACGUGGCAGGAAGCGACAAGUAUAAGAAUGUCGUUUUGGGAAGUAUAGGGAGAAUAUUGCCGUUUAGGCAAAAGGACUUUACUUUCCCGAGUUAUAGAAAGUUUCGGUCAAAAGAAGCCGGGUUGUAUUUACCCGACCCGGCUUAUGAUAUUACGGUGGAUAAGAUUGUACAGGUGGAUUUUCUUUCUAGUUCUUGGUUUUUAUCAGCUGAGCUCGUUAGAACUCUUUUUAUUGAGACUCCUUUCACUUUUUCCACUGGUGAAGAUCUUCAUCUCAGCUACCAACUUCAAAAGUACAGAAACGCGGGAUCGUUUGUAGUACCGGUUGAUCCAAAGGACAAGGAAACAUGGGGAGACAGUGAACACAGACUAGCCUAUGUUUCGGAAACAACAGUUAUUUUUAAGGACAUUGUUCAAGUUAGAGAUGAUCAAUGGUGGAAGGCUCUAUCAACUGGUUACAUCACACAAUGGGCUGCAAUGCACCCUCAAAAAAUUGAUGCACUCUUCUAUGCUCAUUCCCUAAAUGAAGUCAAAGCACUCUCACCUUUACUCGAAAAGUUUAGGUCAACUGUUGGUAAAAAGGCUUACAUUGCUGUUUCUGGUGGCAAAUUUUGCUCUUGUGAAGAUGCUGCAAGUGCUCUCAAGUGGCCUAAAUCUGUUUGUAAAGAAAGAAGGUUUAAGAUUUUUGAUUUGGAUGUGGGUGCCCUUUCGGGGAUAUCGAAUUCGGAGGUGCCCGUUGUACAAGCUAUUUAUGCUAGUGUUAAGGGUUUGAUCAAAAUUCAUAACCCAAGUGUUGUUAUUAGUGUGGCUGAUGUUGAUCCUCAUGUGAAGAAAGCUUUGAAAAUGGCUAGUGAGACUAAUGCCAAUGCUACAACAUUGGUUCUUUUGCCUAAAGCCUCGGUUUCGAAGGUGCUUUGGAUGGCGGAUUUGCGAUCAACCGCUUUACCAAAUUGGAACCGCAUGAGAGUAUCAGUAAACAUAAUCACUCAAAACAGAGUUGAAUCACUAACAAGGCUUCUAAAAUCUCUAAGCAAUGCUUACUAUGUUGGUGAUGAAAUACCAAUAAGUUUCAACAUGGAUAGUCAAGUAGAUGAGUCAACAAUAAAACUUGUGAGCACAUUUGAUUGGCCACAUGGUCCAAAAACACUAAGAAGAAGAAUAAUCCAAGGUGGAUUAAUCAGAGCCGUUAGUGAAAGUUGGUACCCUUCAUCUGAUGAUGAUUAUGGUCUAUUACUUGAAGAUGAUAUUGAAGUAUCACCUUACUAUUAUCUAUGGAUUAAAUAUGCUCUUUUAGCUUAUCAUUAUGACCCUGAAAUUCAUUUCCCUGAACUCUCUUCUAUCUCACUUUACACACCAAAACUUGUUGAAGUUGUUAAGGAAAGACCUAAAUGGAAUCCAACUGAUUUUUUCAAGAAAAUUCAUCCAAACACACCUUAUUUACACCAAUUACCAUGUAGUUGGGGUGCAGUGUUCUUCCCUAAACAAUGGAGAGAAUUCUAUGUGUACAUGAAUAUGAGGUUUACUGAGGAUGCAAAAUCGAACCCGGUUCAAAUUCCAAAGUCUAGAACAAAUGGUUGGCAAGCUUCAUGGAAAAAAUUCCUUAUUGACAUGAUGUACUUAAGAGGGUAUGUUAGUUUGUAUCCAAAUUUUCCAAAUCAAGCUAGCUUUUCAACCAACCAUAUGGAGCCGGGUGCUCAUAUUAGCGCGAAAGACAAUGUUGUUCGCCAUGACAAGAGCGAUUUUGAGGUGCCUUUGUUGAAGGAAGAUUUUAGAAAUCUUUUGCCUAAUGGGAAAUUUCCUCCAGCUUCAAGACUUCCUUCUUUGAACUUAUUUAAUCAACCAAUUUCUCUUAAGGGACUUAAGGCAGCUGGUGCUAAACUUGGUCAAGAUGUUUUGAAAUGUAACAAUGUGAGUGAGAUUGUGGUUGUUAAUCACCAAACUGGUCUUCCAGCUACUUGUGCUAAAUUCUGAUUAUAUCAUCAAAUAAUGUGAUUUGUUAUUGAUUAUAAUUCUUUUCUUUUUUAAAAAAAACAAAAUGGGGAAAAAGGGUACAUUUUUUUUAUUAUUUUUAUUUUAAUUUUGUUGAUUAUUCUUGGUAGAGGAUUGGAGUUGAAUCUUGUUCAAGAUUUGGUGAUAAUGGUUCUUGACUGUUGUUGUUCUCUUUAGUUUUCUAUGUAAGGAUUAUAAAUAUUGGCAAGAGGGUGUUGUGUAUUGUUUUGAUGCCAGCCAUAAAUGGCUUAAGCUCUCUUAAUUUUCUAAUGAAAAGAAAUUUAUAGCU